AUGAUUGAUCCGCAACAAUCCCAUCACUACUGCGAACAGACUGCUGUCGAUGUAACUAGUCUCCCACUGGCCAAGUAUGAGGGUGUCUUUCUUUUCCAAUUCUUCUGCGUGGCUUCGGCCGCGCAAUACGUUCCUUACCUUCCUCUCCAUCGCUCUUUUCACCUUUUCUUUGCUGUUCAAUCAUCGGUCGCGAUUGACGUGCCCAUUCGGCUCCCCGCAAGUUCCAGGUAUCAGGGCAGAUCGGUCUCUUGUCCAGCCCGAUGUGCCGCAUCGGGGCCUAACCCUGGCAACUGGUCUCUAUAUCACAACUUCGAACAACUCGCCUCGUGCAAAGAGUCUCUUUUCUUUUCCUUUUCAUUUUCCGAUCCUGUCGAUGAUCCCGACAGCUUUCAUCGCAUUUAUACUUGCACCUCUUUCGGUCCUGAUUGGGCGACGCUGCCGGUCAAUACAUCAAACCUUGCCUUGCAGUCUAAAGCAGCCCCAGCCCCUGUAGAUGGCACAUAUCAGAUUGGAUCCUGGCCUUCCAGGGAGGGCCUAUCGGUUUCACCUUCGCUCGCCACCCUCGUCAAGCAGAUCCGCCAAUAUCUGUCCAAUGGAUUCGGCGCCGUCAACCGUCCAACCAUAAUCUUUGCCAGCUACGGCUCAACCUCAGUGGGCCUCUACGUCGGUCAAGGGCUGCAGAGUCAGGGGGUUGGAUCCAACACUAGCCUUGGAGCGAGUGUGACCAUGCAAUUCUCCCAGCCUGGUCAGACGUCUCACCACGUUUUCGGUCUUAUAGCCACCGGCAACGGAACUUUCGCUGCUGCAGAAUGUUUGACAUUUCCAUUGGUCCAAAAUGUCACAAGAAAGGUCCCCCUUGCGACGCCAUUCGUCAACCUCAACGCCAACUCCACCGAUGCUUCUCCCAACUCGAUAUCCUCUAUUCGUCGGCGCAGGUCCCUCGCUCCUCGGGCCACCUGCUCCACCGCUCAGGUCGUCUCUGGUGAUACUUUUACUACGUUGGCGGAGAAAUGUGGUAUUACCCCGGCUCAAUUCACCAAGUAUAAUUCCGAGUCAAAGGAGUGCGCUUCUCUGGUUGCAGGUGAGCAUGUCUGCUGUUCGGCCGGUAGGUUGCCCGACUUCGCCCCUAAACCGCAGUCCGAUGGCACUUGUGCGACCUACACUGUUCAGCCGAAUGACAGCUGUGCCACGAUUGCCGCUGCGUACGGCCUCACGAUCGAUGACAUCAACAACUUCAACACCGAUACUUGGGUAUGGAAUACCUGCUCGCGCCCCCUCUACGCCCAUGAAGUUAUUUGUCUGAGUGAAGGCAACCCACCAAUGCCCGCGUCUGUCUCUAAUGCAAUUUGUGGGCCACAGGUCCCUGGCACCCCGACUCCUCCCAGUGGAACGAAUAUCUCCCAGCUCAACGAGUGCCCUCUGAAUGCGUGCUGUGUUGUAUGGGGCCAAUGUGGUGUGACAGCCGAGUUCUGCACCAACACUGGCACGGGUGCCCUUGGAACGGCGGCGAAGGGCACCGAAGGCUGUAUCGCGAACUGUGGCACUGAGAUGGUGCGGAGUAGCCCUCCUGCCACCUACCGGAGCAUUGGUUACUGUGAGGGUUUCAACUUGCAGCGUCCCUGUCUGUACCAGGACGUGGCGCAGAUUGACACUUCUAUCUACACCCACAUUUACUUAUCCUUUGGCGUGUUAUCCUCCUCCUAUGUGAUCAGAGGCGCCAAACGCAUUGUGUCAAUCGGUGGGUGGGCAUUUUCCACCGACCCGAGCACGUACAUGAUCUUCCGUGAGGGCGUUACGGCCGCCAAUCGUCUGACCAUGGCCACCAACAUCGCCAACUUCAUCAAAGAGCACGAUCUCGAUGGAGUCAAUAUUGACUGGGAGUACCCGGGGGCACGGGAUAUUCCAGGCAUUCCUGCUGCGAGUCCUGAUGACGGUGACAACUAUCUCGCUUUCCUUGCUAUCUUACGGAAUCUUCUUCACGACCGGGAAGUGACGAUUGCGGCACCGUCAUCCUAUUGGUACCUGAGGGGCUUCCCCAUCAAGAAGAUGGCUCCGCUCCUGGACUACAUCAUCUAUAUGACCUACGAUCUGCACGGACAGUGGGAUUCUCACAGUCAAUGGUCUCAGCUUGGCUGUCCGACGGGCAAUUGCUUGCGCUCGGAUGUGAACCUGACGGAAACCAUCAGUGCUCUGGUUAUGAUCACCAAAGCCGGGGUCCCGUCCAACCAGGUGGUGGUCGGUGUGACCAGCUACGGACGCUCCUUCGCCAUGGCCGAAGCCGGCUACUACGGGCCCGAGUGCAAGUUUUUAGGCUCAGCCGAUGGCUCGGAAGCCAAGCCGGGGCCGUGUACGCAAAGUCCCAGGUACAUCGCCAAUGCCGAAAUCGAGGCCAUCCUCGCCGACCCGAGUCGGGUCACAGAGAGUUACCUCGACAUUGCUAGUGACUCUAAUAUCCUGGUGUACGACAACACGCAAUGGGUCGGCUGGAUGAGUGACGGUGUCAAGGCGUCCCGACGAUCACUCUACCAGGACAGAGACCCCUAUGUUGAGGGGAACCGGAUUGGCAACUGGACCUCCUUGACGUGCUCGGAUCCGGCUAUGCAAGACGGUCUGUACAUGCCGUGCGCCCAGCGCUGGGCGGAGCUGGACGCCUCCGAUGCGUGGUCCGAUGCCAUCAGCAUCUGGGAGAUUAUCGAUAAGCACAAGCUGACGGGUUCGAAUGACGAGAAGAAAUUCUCCUACUCCCUCAUGAAUACUUUCCAUGUCGGCGAAUCGACCAACUGUGGCCUGGUCGCGCCAGAAGGCUCGUGUUCCGACACCUACCCGUGUUCCGUUUUUCAAGGCUUCGGCAGCGGGGGUUCGGGUCCUGCGGCGAUGGUGAUCUAUGAAUCUCUCACAGUCAUCAACUCGAUGUACUCCCAAUUCUUCGAUGCCAUCAGCGUAGCUGCUGGAACAUACAUUGACAAUCAGCUCCAGGACCUUGAAAGCACCUUCGCACCCGUGCCUCCGGCUCCCAGCGACGAGUGGCUGGUGAUCUUGACCAACCUCCUAGGUCUCGGUCUCACGGCGGUGGCUGCACCGUAUUUUGACGGAGUUUUUGAAAGUCUACCGGCGCUGAGCUCAGCUCCGGGCGAGGCUGGCGCCGACACUGCCAAAGACUUCAGCAAUGCCGCGGUUGCCUUUGGGGCCGCAAUUGCAUCCGCCGCCAUUCCGGAAGGUGAACCAGGCCAUUGGACCGCACAUUCGCAGGAGAGCUUCACCGCCACCCUGGGGUCGGUGGUUUCAGGGUGGGCGAACGUGACACAGAACCAACUCUGGAAUCUGUUCAAUGGAUCCGAGACGUCGAUCGCGCUGCUGACGCGACUGAUCGCCAAUAGAAAUCUCAUUGAGGGCAGCGGCGCUGCCCCCUCAGUCACGCCCAGCACGACUCCGAAUACCACCACGCAGAUCGAGAGCUCCAUCAACAAGGCGUUCUUUGGCUUCGCGAUCCCGUCGGUGUGGGCCGUCUCCGGCGCCGCCGCCUUCGUCGUGGACUCAGGCUAUCCCUGCAGCGCGCAGAAGCCACUGUCCGACUACAUGACGGCGGCCACCCAAGAGGCGACCUCCUCGUGCUACAACGACAGGCUCUACUACCUGGUACGUGCCGAUGGGAAGUGGAGCGGCUGCCCCGCAGAGAAGAAGCUGGGCAAGCGGAUGGAUUGCCCGGACUGCGGCGUCUCCGAGUGCGGCGAGGACGCGACCUACUUCACGGCGCCCCCCGGCCUGAGCAGCCUCGGUGGGGGGGCCUGGGGUGGCAUCACCCUGGACGACCUCAUCCAAGGCUCCGUCCGCACCUACGCCGCCAACGGCAACGCCAACGGCGGGCCCGUCGCCAAUCCGCUGGACCAGGACAAGCUGCAGGACCUCUCCAACCAGGACAUCACCACCCCGGGCUACAUCCGCCUCCCCGUGUGCAGCCCGCAGGUCGCCUGGGCUUCGUGGUCCAACCCGUCGCAGUCCAACGCCAGCGCCCUGAACUACCCCUGCAACCCGCUGCAGGGCGUGACCAAGUGCAGCGGCUACACCUACGUGGACCAGACCACCUCCGCUUCCCCGCUGGUGUCCGACUGCCAAGCCAUCAUUCAUAACAUCCAGGGCACCGGUGGCCACUGGACGACGGGGAUCGACCGCCAACGCGCCAUUGCCACGUACGGCUCGUGCAAGUUUGGUGUCCAGAAUGUUGGGGUCACUGGCGACGUCACCUACUACACUGGAAGUCAGGAUAUCGUGACCAUCAGCACCGAGGCCCUCGCCAAGUACGAGUGGGAGGGCCGUGUCGGGGCGAAAGGCUAUAUGGAGUGCGACGGUGACGCAGGCCACCAGAAGGUCCAGUGGGGCCUGUAUUAG